CGUCGUUAAAUCCUAAACUCCUUUCCUUAGAAUUAACCGCCAACUCUCCCACUGAGAAGUCACUUGAUAGUUGCUAAGUGGAUAUAAAGUCAUCUCCUGUUACUUCAAUUCUUGAAUUGGAGAUCAACUGGAUAUUACGCAACAAGUGGUUCCUACAUUCUUGAAAUUUGUUGAUCCCAAUGUCGAAUCCAAACUACCAUGGAGAUCCUACAGAUGUUUUUGAUAUGCAAUUAAUAGGAAACUUCUUGAGUUUCGCGUCCAGAGGGGAUAGAGUUGGACUAAAUCAGAUGCUAAGAAAUGGUAUAUCUCCUAAUGUACAAGAUUAUGACAAAAGAACUGCCCUUCAUCUUGCUGCCAGCGAGGGCCAAGCCUCCAUUGUUGAGCUUCUUUUGGCCUACAACGCUCAAGUUAACCUUCAAGAUAGGUGGCAGAGGACACCUUUAACAGAUGCAAGACUGUAUGGACAUCGAGAUAUAUGCAGGAUCCUGGAAGUCAAUGGAGGCAAGGACUCGACCAAUGACCAUUCCAUGACGAUCCGCCGUGAAGAAGAUUCAUAUGAGGUGAAUAUUGACAUGUCUGAACUGAAUUUGCAGCAUUCGUCAAUGAUUGAACAGGGUUUGUUCGGUGAAUCUGAAAAGGUCAAGUGGCGAGGAACAUGGGUAGUGAAAACGAUAAUAAAAGGACAUAUAUCUCAUCCAGUGAAAAUGGUUUUGUCUGCCAAGGAUGGCACUCUGCUUAAGGAACUUCGGCAUCCAAAUAUUUUACAGUUCCUUGGAUCAAGUGUGCACGACGAAGAGAUGAUUUUAAUUACGGAGUACUUGCCAAAAGGAAACUUGAAUGAUAUUUUGGCUGACAAAGUUCGUCUUGACGCUCAAACUGCUCUGCGCUAUGCACUCGACAUUGCCAGGGGGAUGAAUUACCUUCAUCAGCACAAGCGAUUCCCCAUAGUUCACAAUAAUUUGAAUCCCAGGAACUUGUUGCAAGAUGAAGGUGGGCAUUUGAAGAUCGGUGAAUAUUGGAUUCAAAUGCUUUAUGAGCAGAUUCACACAAAUCAAGACUCAAGACAAAAUCACGACAGCUUGGGAAGCAUUAACAUCGCCAGAAACGACCCCAAGAAAGAUGUCCAGUCUUUCGGUUUUAUACUGUAUCAGAUGCUUGACGGGAGGCAUGUUAGUAACAUCGACACUGAAUGCAUGCUUGCUGAUUCAGAGAAGAAGUUCCAUUUAAGCCGUUGUCCCGGACGAAUUGUUCAGUUGAUAGAGAACUGCGUUAGCGAUGAUCCUUCCCUGAGGCCCUCAUUUGAAGGAAUCAUAGUGAUUCUAGAGGAAGUUUCAGUGCUGCUAGGAAAGGCUGGUUGUCCUGUUUGUUGAGCAAGUUCUCCCACGCAAGAUGAUCAAUCAAGAGUCGGAAGUUAACAUAGUAAUGGCCCUUAUGCCCCUGCAGGUUAUGCUAUGAAUCUACGAUAUGACUACGAUUGGCAUCUGAGAAAACCUCAAAUUUUUCUCCUCAAGUGUGAAUGAUUUAUUAUUUAUACACAGCUACAAAUUAUUACUACCGUACGAUUCUCGUUCAGCAUAGUA